CUCCCGCCCUUCCCGCCGCCGUCUCUGAGAGUGAGGCCGGGCCCUAGGUGCGCAGCAGCCGGCAGCAGCCCCGCCGCCAUGGGCCAGAACGACAUCAUGAGUACCGCUGAGGACUUCGCAGACCAGUUCCUGAGGGUGACGAAGCAGUACCUUCCCCACGUGGCCCGCCUGUGCCUGAUCAGCACCUUCCUGGAGGAUGGCAUCCGCAUGUGGUUCCAGUGGAGUGAACAGAGGGAUUACAUUGACGGCACAUGGAACUGUGGCUAUUUCCUGGCCUCCAUCUUUGUGUUCAUAAAUCUCUUCGGACAGCUGAGCGGCUGUAUCCUGGUGCUGAGUAGGAACUUUGUGCAAUAUGCCUGCUUUGGACUGUUUGGAAUUAUAGCAUUACAGACUAUUGCGUACAGCAUUCUAUGGGACCUGAAGUUCUUGAUGAGGAACCUUGCCCUUGGAGGAGGCUUGCUGCUGCUUUUGGCUGAGUCGCGCUCAGAGGGGAAGAGCAUGUUUGCUGGUGUCCCUACCAUGCGGGAAAGCUCUCCUAAGCAGUACAUGCAGCUGGGGGGCCGUGUGCUGCUGGUCCUCAUGUUCAUGACACUGCUACAUUUUGAUAUGAACUUCUUUUCUAUUCUGCAGAACAUUGUGGGUACAGCCCUGAUUAUCUUGGUGGCAAUUGGCUUCAAGACUAAACUGGCUGCCUUGACACUAGUCAUCUGGCUGUUUGGCAUCAACAUCUACUUCAAUGCCUUCUGGACCGUCCCAACCUACAAGCCCAUGCACGACUUCCUCAAAUACGAUUUCUUCCAGACCAUGUCUGUAAUUGGAGGGCUCCUCCUCGUGGUUGCACUGGGUCCUGGCGGAGUCUCCAUGGAUGAGAAGAAAAAAGAGUGGUAACAGCAAUAGCAACACUUCUUGGGACAUAACAUAUUAAGUCCAGAACUGAUUCUCUAUGGAUUCAACAAAAACUGCCAGCAUUUUACACGUACAUGCCCCCUUCCUAUUAAAGGCACAGAUGUUUUGAAUUUGAUUUACAGUGGCACCAGUAAUAUAAUAGAUAAAAUCCUAUUUCUUCAAGGAAUGUUGCCUAGGCUUAUUCUAACUUCCUAGAUUCGGAACUAACCCAAGGAACCUGCAUUUUGCUGAUGCUUCAGUGAGUUGCAGUAGAACAGUUGCUGUCUUUAAUGUCAGCAAUGUUUUAAAAUUUGAAGUACUGUGAGCAGAUACAGCUGUAUCAUUCAGUGUGCUGUUGGGUUCUAGCUAUAACUACAAAAGUGGAUCCCCUUUCUUGCCCUCAUUAAAACUGUCUUGUGCAUAAGGAGUUCCAUUGCUGGUUAUAGCAUUGCUUACCAAGGUGGAAAGCAGCAUCAAAAAAAAAAAUCACUGUUAUUUUGCUGCUCAGAGGCCUGUAAUUCCAUUUUGUGUAACAAAAGGGGAGGUCUUUCCUGCCUCCAAAUAGAAGGCAAAAAGAAAACCCUGGAAGUAGUUGUACUCCCCUCUAGGUAAGAAAAAUGGAGAGGAUUUUCUAACAUGUCCCAGUUCUGCUCUUGAGGGGAACAAGGGAGACCCCUGUAUUGCUGAUCAGGAAUCCUGUAUGGCUAAUCAGAUUUCAAGAAGGAAGGGGGGGAGAUACUCCUGAAGAGACAGAACGUUAGAUUCUGUGAAAAUUCUGUGCCAAAAGAACUCUUUAUUCAGCAUUCUUUCCUCAAAGUUGCCCCUCCUGAAUUCCCAAGAAGGGAGCCAAGUUGUGCUGCAGGUUCCAUAAUAAAAGCUCCUUUCUGCUAUUAACCAGCUUCCAUCCAUAUACGCCCCAAAUUCCUAUCUGAAUUGCAGGUUAUUGGUGAAAGUCUUCAGAAUUAUGGAAACUCCCCUUUUUCCCUGCACUCAGUACAUGCAAGAUGAGAGCAGUCAGUCAUCUAACCUGUAGUCUUUGCUGCUUAGAUUCACUUCUGUCAGUGUCCCAGCUGACUGAACAGCGGAAGAGCUGGGGUGCUGAACUCUCAAGUACAGCCCCUUCUGUCUGCCAUCUCGGACCAGACCUGAGAUGUGUAGGGAGGAAACAUGGAAGUCAGCUGUGUGCUGCCAUAGCCCCAGUUCUCAGCUCUGUGUGCAAACGGUUAUAGCUGAAGAAGGCAAGUGCAAAGCCUGUGCAGUGAAUAAGCAGCCAGGGCUGUAACUUGCAUGUUCAGAGGGAGGAACUCCUCAGGAUAAUGGUGAGGAGAGGGGAAGGCCCUGUUUUCACCUCUCAGUGCCACAACCUCUGUGCCAUGAACAUGCUUAGUGCUGCUCAGAGGAGGCAUUUUGUCCUCUGCUAGUCAACUAGGUGAACCUGUUUCACUAGAUUAUGAAAGAAUUCUAGAAAGCAUGAGCCCUACCAACUUGCUAACAUUACAUUGAUUCCUUGCACUGUUGUCUCCCUUGAGAAAGCUGCUCAACUGUUUGUUCAAGGAGUAAUUCAGCUGAACACCUCCAGCAGGAGCUGUUUACCAGGAUCUUCUGGUAAGGACACUAACCUGGACAGUUGAGCUUAAUGGUUGCUUUUUAGGAGAGAAAACUAGGCUGAAAGAACUGAUGACAGAGAGAAGCGCACAGUUGAAUCUUAAACCAGUGAUUUCAUCAUCUUAAGGGGAAAAUAGCCAAUGUAAUAGUAAGAUGUGCUGCUGCUGAAGGAAAUGAAUUGGUGU